UCAACGGCCGCUUCCAUGGCAAUACCUGCGUUUAAGAUUGUUUGUCAAGCUCCCAACACAGUCUAUAUCGAGACUUUGUAUGUUGAAGACUGAAUUCUUAUCCCUUACGUAGGGACAGAUGACUCCUGUUAAGUCUAUACAAACAUGAGUUCUAUCUCAGCUGCUAUUGUGUCUUUGUUUUUAUUUCAUGAUUUUGAUCUCAUCAUCAUGAAAAUUCUCUAGAAAUUCUUUCUUCCUGUUGCCGAUUUUCAUCAAAUAUCAUGGCGAGGAUCGUCUCUCACAGGGUGAUAGAUUCCAGGCUACUUGGCUCUGCCAAAACUGUUAUCAUCUCUUUUAUUACAGUUGCUGCUGUAUUCUCUAUUUUCUAUGCAGAUUUUCUUGUUUCCAAGGUUUAUCUCCAAUCUUCUGCCGUUGAAAUUCAAGAAGUUUCAGAGGUUCUUCAGAUUCAUACAACUGAAAGAAGAAUAAAGUCAACUGUUACUACCAUACAAUUGCUUGCUACACAAGAAGAGAUUAGAGAAGUUCACGGUACAAAUCAGAAAUUUCUGAAUCCUCCCAUCAAUGUCACAGAAGAAGAAAGAAUUGAAUGGUUCAGGAAAAAGCUGCCUGAAUUUGAGAUUUUCAAGUCGACCAACUUGACCCGGAAAUUUCACAGGCGAAUUCAGAGAUUUUUCAACGAUAAAUGUGAGGUUAAAUUCUUCAUGACUUGGAUCUCACCUGCAGAAUCCUUUAAAAGAAGAGAUUUCUUGUCAAUGGAGAGCCUUUUCAAAGUCCACCCUCACGGUUGCUUAGUGAUACUAUCAGGAACUCUGGAUUCCAUGCAAGGCUACAGGAUCCUGAGACCUCUACUUGAUCGUGGCUUCAAAGUUACUGCUGUUACGCCUGACUUGGCCUUUCUGGUCAAGAACACUCCAGCAGAAUCUUGGCUUCGGGAGAUGAAGAGCGGGAACAAGGAUCCUGGCGAAAUCCCACUAGCUCAGAAUCUUUCUAAUCUUGUUAGACUCACAGCUUUGUUCAAGUAUGGAGGUGUCUACUUGGACACAGAUUUCAUUGUCCUAAAAAGCUUCGCAGGAUUGAGAAAUUCAAUUGGAGCACAAAGUAUUAACACGGUGUCCAAAACCUGGUCCAGAUUGAACAAUGCUGUUCUGGUCUUCGACGGUAAACAUCCACUUGUACUCAAGUUCAUACAGGAAUUUGCUGCAACUUUUGAUGGAAACAAAUGGGGACACAAUGGACCCUACCUGGUGUCAAGAGUAGUUGAGAGAGUUGCCGGAAGACCUGGAUAUAGCUUUACAGUUCUGCCGCCGGCGGCCUUCUACCCUGUUAACUGGAAUAGAAUAGGCGGAUUUUUUAAGAAACCAGAAAACCAGGGUGAUUCGAGAUGGGUAAAAGCGAAGCUGCUUCAGCUUAGUGGAGAGACUUAUGGGGUACACUUAUGGAACAAGCAAAGCAGUAGAAUCAGAAUUGAAGAAGGAAGUGUGAUGGCAAGAUUAAUCUCUGACCAUUGUAUCAUUUGUACAAACAUAUACAGCUCAUGAAGAAUAUUCAAAGGAAUGAAAUGAAGUAAAUUUGUGAUCAUUUGAUAUACGCAAGCGAAAGUCAGAGCAAGAGUCGACAGCUGACAAUCACCCAUUAAAGAAUUGGUUUACUCUGUUUUGUUGCUGGCUUGAAAAAUUAAGCAUUUAUUUUCUUUCUUUCUGAUAAUAUUUUAACACAAACAAUGAAAAAAAAAAUAAAGACGUUCAGUUUAAUGACAUAGUCUAUUAUGUGAAAUUGUGCAAGCAUUUUUAUUAUUAGAUUAUGUUUAUAUUU